AAGACGAAGACCGCAGGCUAUGGUUGUUCGGAGAUUCUUCGAAUUCACGAUCUUAAAGUCAUAUGAUUCACUGCAAAUAUAGCAAAAAAAUAUUUUAAUUGGUAUUUUCCAAAGCCACGAAACGUGCAUUGAGUUUGGAGCGAUAUCUGAAGUGAAGAUUGAAGACGUGAUAGAAGAUGGACGACUACUGCUAUGCUAAGAUGGCGACGUCCGCUAAAAGAGAACAUGAAAGAGAAUCAGCGCCACCAACUUCCAGCAAAUCACCAACGGAGAUAAAGACGAAAGAUGAAGACGUCCAGCAGCUGAUCGGUAAUCCAGAAGAAGUUUCCCCUCAGUUAGGGGGGAGCUCCACUUUGAAGCAGGAGACUCCACAACCACCCUGCAUUAAAAAGGAAGAGGAGGAACUCUGCAUCACUCAGGAGGGAGAGUGUCUUCUAGGACGAGAGGAAGCUGAUUACACCAAGUUUCCACUGAGUAUUCUCUCUGUGAAGACUGAAGAUGAUGAAGAGAAACCACAAGUAGACAACCUCUUAGCUCCACUAUCAGAUAGGGAGGCUGAAGAUGAGGUUGAAGAACCUUUGAGCAGCGAUACAGACUGUGAAGGUGAUAUGAGGACUCACACUGACAACAAACACUCUGGUAAAACAUGUUUGAGCUGCUCAGUUUGUGCUGAAAGUUUUACUAAAAAGAGCAGUUUGACUCGACACAUGAGAACACACAUAGGUGAAAAACCAUUUAAUUGUUCAGUUUGUGGCAAAAGCUUUUUUCGAAAUUAUGGUUUGACUGAACACAUGAGAACACACACAGGAGAAAAAAUAUUUAAGUGUUCAGUUUGCGGCGUAGGUUUUUCUCGAAAUAGCCAUUUGACUCAACACAUGAGAACACACACAGGUGAAAAAACAUUUAAUUGUUCAGUUUGUGGCAAAGUAUUUUCUCGAAAUUUUCUCUUGACUCGACACAUGAGAACACACACAGGUGAAAAAACAUUUAAUUGUUCAGUUUGUGGCAAAAGCUUUUCUCAAAAUAACCAUUUGACUCGACACAUGAGAACACACACUGGAGAAAAAACAUUUAAUUGUUCAGUUUGUGGCAACAGCUUUUCUCAAAAUAGCUCUUUGACUCAACACAUGAGAACACACACAGGUGAAAAACCAUUUAAUUGUUCAGUUUGUGGUAGAAGCUUUUCUCAAAAUAGCGAUUUGACUAAACACAUGACAACACACACAGGUGAAAAACCAUUUAAUUGUUCAGUUUGUGACAAAAGUUUUUCUCAAAAUAGCUCUUUGACUCAACACAUGAGAACACACACAGGAGAAAAACCAUUUAAUUGUUCAGUUUGUGGCAACAGCUUUUCUCAAAAUGGCUCUUUGACUCAACACAUGAGAACACACACAGAAGAAAAAAACUUUCACUGUUCAGUUUGUGGCAAAAGCUUUCCUCAUAACAACUCUUUGUGUCGACACAUGAGAACACACGCUGGAGGAAAACCAUUUAGUUGUUCAGUGUGCUGUAAAAGGUUCACACAUAAUGCAGAUGCAGUUAAACACAUAAAAACACACAAGGGAAAAUAACCAAUUAGCUGUUUAGUUUGUGGUAUGUUGCUCAUAUGUGGUGACAUCCACCCUACCCAGGACCUCCUCACUGCUUCUUUCACAAAUAUCUGAGGUAUUCAUACAAACUUGGAUUAUUUGGAGCAUAAUCUUAUCCACUCAUGACCCCAUGUCUUCUCUGUAUCAAUGCAAUAUUCAGUGUUGACAGCUAGAUUUUUUGUGGACAUUUUCCAUAAAUAUUGAUGUUAAAGAUUUAUUUUUUGUGAAGAAAUGUUUAGAAGUAAGUUCAUGAAUCCAGAUGGAUCUCUAUUACAAUCCCCAAAGAAGGCACUUUAAAUGAUGAUUACUUCUAUGUGAAGAAAUCUUUAUUUAUAAUUGAAUCACUUGUUUAAUUUUGAACAAGUUUAGUUAUUUGUAUAUCUAUUUUUCCAAAUAGUUCAAGAAAGACCACAACAAAUGAGCAAUAUUUUGCAGUGUUAUACAAUUUAAUAAAUCAGAAACUGAUGACA